CGGGAAACUGCGAAAGGUGCAGGGUGCUGGUAGAUUCCGCCCUUCCCGGUACUCGGGAUGCCUGGCAGUUUGGGGACAGCGAUCCGGACCCUGAUCCUGCUCCUCCUCGCCCCUGGCUGGGUAGAACCACAGGCCUGCACAUUCCCAUGCCAGUGUCCCUCCAAGCCUCUGCAGUGCCCUGCAGGUACCAGCCAUGUGUGGGAUGCCUGUGGCUGCUGCAAGGUGUGUGCUCAGCAGCUGGGUGAGCUCUGUUCCUUGCACAGGCCCUGUGACCAUCACAAGGGACUCUACUGCGACUUCUCCAAAAUCCACAGAGGCAGCGGGAUCUGCUUAGCUCAUGAGGGUGCAACAUGUGACCUGCUGGGCAAGAUCUACCUCAACGGGGAGAGCUUCCAGCCGAUGUGCAAGCUGCAGUGCAUCUGCAUGGAUGGAGCCAUCGGUUGCAUCCCGCUCUGCUCCGAUGACCUGCGCCUGCCAUCCCCAGAGUGCCUCAACCCCCGGAGAGUGAAGUUCCGCAACAAGUGCUGCGAGGAGUGGGUGUGUGAGGAUGGCAGCGAGGAGAACCGCUUUGGAACAGCCAUGGCAGUUUUCAGGGACGAUCCAGCUCACAAGCCGGAGCUGAACAACCUGCAGGAGAACUGCCUGGUGCAGACCACAGAAUGGAGCACGUGCUCCCAGAGCUGCGGAAUGGGCAUCUCCUCCCGCGUGACCAACAACAACCCUCAGUGCCGCCUGGAGAAGGAGACUCGGCUCUGCAUGGUCCGGCCCUGCGACUUCUCCAUGGAGAAAGCCAAGAAGGGGAAGAAGUGUGUGCGGACCCCAAAGCAGCGCCAGAGCCUCCACUUUGAGUUUUCGGGGUGCAUCAGCACCCGCUCCUACCGGCCCCGGUUCUGCGGCAGCUGCUCAGAUGGGCGCUGCUGCACCCCGUUCCUGACCAGAACCGUGGACGUGGAGUUCCGCUGCCCUGAGGGGGACUUUUUCCAGAGGAAGAUGAUGUUCAUCAAGAUGUGCUCCUGCCACUAUGACUGCCCCCGAGACAAUGACAUCUUCCUGGCCACGUAUCACCAUCGGAUGUCUGGAGACCACAUCAAGACUGAGCAGCAAUAGCCCUGUUUUGUCAGAUCUGAGGUGUGCAGGAGGGCUCUGCAAUGCUUUCGUGGCUGUGUCCCAGGCCAGUGCAGCCUCUUGCCCUUCUGUGAGGGGCUGUGCCUUCCACGGCAGCACUGUUCACACCAGUGGUCCCUGUGGUUUUCCCAACGAGCUGAGGGGGAAGAGCCCCAGCUGCCCCAGCCCCCUGACCCCCACCCACAGUGAUGCAAAGGUCAGUGAAGGAACCAGAAACAGGCCUGAGCUGCAAACUUGAUUCAUAUUCCUACUGGCCAGAAGGGAGAGUGGAUCAAAGUCAUGUGGUCCUACCUGUCUCCAGCCCAGAGCACAAUUCCUGAUUCAGACCCCAAGAGUUCUUCCAGCAUGAAGUGGGGGUGGACCAGGCUGCCAGACUGAGAUGUGUCCCCUGCAGGCGCUGCUCUGGGCAGCUUUUAGUGCCUUGAUGAGCAUUUCAUAGAACGAUGGAGUGGUUUGGGUUGAAAGGCACUUAAAAGCUCAUCGUGUUUCAACCCCCUGCCAUGGAUGGGGACACCUUCCACUGUCCCAUGCUGCUCCAAGCCCCAUCCAGCCUGGCCUUGGGCACUUGCAGGGAUCCAGGGGCAGCCACAGCUUCUCUGGGCAACCUGUGCCAGGGCCUCACCACCCUCACAGGGAGGAAUGUCUUCCUAAUCUUGUCAGAAAUGACACUGAGAUGGGAGAGGGACUGGACCCCACAAGCUCACACAUGCAUAGUGAGGCUCCCGGUGUGUCAGCGCUGGAGUCUUUGCUCUGCAUGUAUGUGAGUAGGAGGAACACUGUUCAGCUCCAGUCUCCCUGGAGAGUUUAACAUACUGGCAAGAGAAAUUCUCAUAUUUGUAAAUGCAGCAGAUCCCAUCUGCAGUUACUGGGGCAGUGCCAUAGGGAGCUGUUGGCACUGGCAUCUCCAGCGGUGGGAUUCCCUCCUGGCCAGAGUCUCUCUGCCACUAAGGAUGACAUUGCCAACCCAUAGCUCCAGGAAGCCAGCAGCCAGUGCCAGUGGUAUGUCCAGCAUCACCUUGGCGGCUCUGUGGGACUGCUAAGGUCUUGUCAGGUCUGGAAAAAUCUGAUUUUUAGCAGAAAUGUCCAAGUACAGGACUUGAUCCUGUUUCUUAAAUCAUCCCUGCCUGUCACCUUUUGAAAUCAUGAAGAAUUCCUGUUCCAGCCAGGCAGGAGCAGCAGCUCCAAGGCUUCACCUCACUGUAUCUUCCUGUCCCAAAUUAGAGCCUGAUGCCAAGGGACAAUCCCAGCUGUCCCCAUCUGCUGCCCUGAACUUCCAGGCUGCUGACACACCAGUUCAGGGCCCAUGUCCCAUCCCAUCCCAGCCUCAGCCUCUGUUCUUUCUCUCAGCCUGCGGCAGCUCGUGAGCCUUCCCCCUCCUGUAAUCAAUUGGUACUGUAAAUAAUUUAUCUGUUUUUUCUGUUUUUAAGGCCUUUGUACAGUCCCAGGAUCCCACUGGCACAGCCCUGCUCAGGCUGUUUCCCCUUUCUGAGCUUCUCUCCUGC